CCUAGCCCGGCCCUGCCCCUCCUUGCAUUUUUUCCGCGCUGGCUGAGAUUCAAAGAGAAGUGGAGGUGGGAGGGAGCGACAAUGGAAAAAUCACCUAAAAAUUGGGACAGAGGAAGGAAGCUACAGUUACGAAGGAGAGCUGCAAAAGUUGCAGCAGAAAGGUUGGGAGUCCCGACAGGUUCCGUAGCCCACAGAAAAGAAGCAAGGGACGGCAGGACUGUUUCACACUUUUCUGCUUCUGGAAGGUGCUGGACAAAAACAUGGAACUAAUUUCCCCAACAGUGAUUAUAAUCCUGGGUUGCCUUGCUCUGUUCUUACUCCUUCAGCGGAAGAAUUUGCGUAGACCCCCGUGCGUCAAGGGCUGGAUUCCUUGGAUUGGAGUUGGAUUUGAGUUUGGGAAAGCCCCUCUAGAAUUUAUAGAGAAAGCAAGAAUCAAGUAUGGACCAGUAUUUACAGUCUUUGCUAUGGGAAACCGAAUGACCUUUGUUACUGAAGAAGAAGGAAUUAAUGUGUUUCUAAAGUCCAAAAAAGUAGAUUUUGAACUAGCAGUGCAAAAUAUCGUUUAUCGUACAGCAUCAAUUCCAAAGAAUGUCUUUUUAGCACUGCAUGAAAAACUCUAUAUUAUGUUGAAAGGGAAAAUGGGGACUGUCAAUCUCCAUCAGUUUACUGGGCAACUGACUGAAGAAUUACAUGAACAACUGGAGAAUUUAGGCACUCAUGGGACAAUGGACCUGAACAACUUAGUAAGACAUCUCCUUUAUCCAGUCACAGUGAAUAUGCUCUUUAAUAAAAGUUUGUUUUCCACAAACAAGAAAAAAAUCAAGGAGUUCCAUCAGUAUUUUCAAGCUUAUGAUGAAGAUUUUGAGUAUGGGUCCCAGUUGCCAGAGUGUCUUCUAAGAAACUGGUCAAAAUCCAAAAAGUGGUUCCUGGAACUGUUUGAGAAAAACAUUCCAGAUAUAAAAGCAUGUAAAUCUGCAAAAGAUAAUUCCAUGACAUUAUUGCAAGCUACGCUGGAUAUUGUAGAGACGGAAACAAGUAAGGAAAACUCACCCAAUUAUGGGCUCUUACUGCUUUGGGCUUCUCUGUCUAAUGCUGUUCCUGUUGCAUUUUGGACACUUGCAUACGUCCUUUCUCAUCCUGAUAUCCACAAGGCCAUUAUGGAAGGCAUAUCUUCUGUGUUUGGCAAAGCAGGCAAAGAUAAGAUUAAAGUGUCUGAGGAUGACCUGGAGAAACUCCUUCUAAUUAAAUGGUGUGUUUUGGAAACCAUUCGUUUAAAAGCUCCUGGUGUCAUUACUAGAAAAGUGGUGAAGCCUGUGGAAAUUUUGAAUUACAUCAUUCCUUCUGGUGACUUGUUGAUGUUGUCUCCAUUUUGGCUGCAUAGAAAUCCAAAGUAUUUUCCUGAGCCUGAAUUGUUCAAACCUGAACGUUGGAAAAAGGCAAAUUUAGAGAAGCACUCUUUCUUGGACUGCUUCAUGGCAUUUGGAAGCGGGAAGUUCCAGUGUCCUGCAAGAAAAACAAACAGGAAAGAGCAGCAUGAACCACCAGACUUCUUCAGAAAUUGUAGCUUGCAAAGUGAAGAGUCUCAUUAUAGCAGACAGUCUCACAUUAAACUAUACGAUUUAAAUGGAGAAAUAAGACGGAGGGUUUUCAGUGUGGGGGAAAACUUCUUUGAGUGAGCACCUCUGAGAGUUGAUGAUCUUAGGGAUGUGCUUGCUAUACCUGUCCCCUGGAACACACACCAAAACCAACAAGCUUGAUUUUCCUUGGUUCUAAUUCCUGCAAGAGGAUGCCUGAUUUGCUGUGUCAUUGUGCAAAUUGAUAUGGCUUAAACUCCAGUGUAAAACAACAGCCCUGAUCUUUGGCAAGAUUAAUCUGCUUAUAAAGGCAUGCUUGGAUAAGAAGAGAGUGUAAUAAGAGGAAGGCUGCAAUACUUGAGAAGUUAAAAUGAAGCAUGGAUUCCUCAGGAAUAGAAAGUGUGAUUUUUACUUUUUGUGUAUGUUUGGGUCUUUCAUGUAUUCUAGGGAGUCCUAGGCCACAAAGUCAUGGGCUUGUCUUGAAUUCCUAAUGAAAAUCUCACAUCUAUUGGAAAAUUAAUUAAAAUCAGAGGUCCAUCUAAUAGUAAUUUAGUAGUACUGUUUGUAACCAAACAUCUCUUGAGCAUCUAGUAUUAAUACAAUUAUUCUUUUAUUUGAUAACUAUUUACUGAGUGUGUGCUAUGUGUCAGGUUAGGGUUCUGGGAGUUAUCAUGGAAAACAAAUCAGAUGAAGCCCCUUUCCUUUAGGAUGUUAUAUUCCCACCCAAGUCACCUUGUUAAAAACUGGGAAGAGUCAAAGACUCAUAACAUUUCUGAAUUGGUUAUAAUGUGGUUGGGGAAAUGAGACAUAGCCAUAUGAAAAAAAAAAAGCCCUACUUAACAGCUUAAGAUGGCACAUGACAAAUGCCAGAAGACUCAGAUAUGUAACAACUGCCAUAAGAAUUUGGAGGAAGGGGGAUUAGAAAAGGCUUUUGGACUAGAUUAGAAUAAUCAGUAAACAACUUAAAAGAAAGGUCAGCUUCCUAAGAUGCAGCAGUAUCAAACUUCAAGGGAAGAAAAAAUUAAGUGCUUAUAGGAAUAUAAUAUACCUAUAUGUUAGUGAUAGCAAGGCGAUGAUAUAUUUGGGACUUAUGAUGCUCUGAGCACAUCUUUUUCUAUAUAUUUAUGUUAAAGAUAAUGCCAUUUUAAAAGCUGUGCCUUAUAUAGUAAAGUAUCUGCACACUCUUGUAUUUGAGAAGUGUUAUUAGUAGCGUUCUCCCUUUUAUACUUAGAAAUAGCUGAUUGCUUUUAAGGAAUGAGCAAAUUUAAAUCCCCAUAGAUUUAAUGACAAGUUAAAAAUCCAAUUUAUUCUGAGGAAUUUGUUCCAUAAACAAAUGCAUCCCCUCAGCUCUAGUUGUUAAAUAUAAUUAAAGGAAUUGUAUUUACUUGUAUAAUUGUUUCCUAACAUUUUCACAAGAGUGUGCACAUAUCCUGGAGAGUAUAUAAAAGAGGAUUAGGAAUGAGGGUGGGAAAGGUGAAUGUGGCUAAUUCUGAGACUCUGAGCCAGGUUAUCAGAAUCCUUAUUGAUUUUUAGCCAUGCUUCUCUCUUCUCACUGCUUUGCAAAGGAGCAAUGAGUCACUCAAAGGAGCAUAGAAACCAUUGGCAAAAUUGCAGUCAUUAUUUUCCUGGCCAUUUCAUUUUGAUACUUCAUUAUGAAGCUAAGACAUAAGUAUGUCAAGAACAGAAGAACAGAAGCAGCAAUUCAAGAGUGAUCUUUUUUUCUUUUUCAACUUUUAUUUUGGGUUCAAGGGGGGUACAUGUGCAAGUUUGUUGCAUGGGUAGAUUGAGUGUCUCAGGAGUUUGAUAUACAAAUGAUUUAUCAACCAGGUAGUAAGCACAGUGCCCGAUACGUAGUUUUUUGAACCUCACCCCCCUUCCAUGCUCCACCCACAACAAUUCCCUCUUUGUGUCCAUGUGUAUUUAAUGUUUAGCUCCCACUUGUAAGUGAGAACAUGCUGUAUUUGGUUUUCUGUUCCUGUAUUAAUUCAUUUAGGAUAAUGAUCUUCAGCUGCAUCCAUGUUGCUGCAAAGGACAGGAUUUCAUUCUUUUUAUAGCUGCACAGGAUUUCAUGGUGUUACUAUGUACCAUACUUUCUUUUUCUUUUCUCUGUCUCUCUCUUUUUUUUUUUUUUUUUUUUCUGAGACAGGCCCUGUUGCCCAGGCUAAAGUGCACUGGCGUGAUCAUAGCUCACUGUAGCUUCAACCUCCUGUGCUCAAGCAUCCUCCUGCCUCAGCCUCCUGAGUCACUGGGCCUACAAGCACAUGCCAUAGUGCCCAGCUAAUUUAAAAAAAAAUUUUAGUAGAGACAAGGUCUCACUAUGUUUCAUAGGCUAGUCUUGAACUCCUGAGCUCAAGCGAUUCUCCCACCUUGGCCUCCUAAAGUGCUGAGAUUACAGGCAUGAGCCACUGCACCUGGCCCCACAUUAUUUUAAAUCCAGUCCACUGUUAAUGGGCAUCUAGGUUGAUUUCAUGUCUUUGCUAUUGUGAAUAGUGUUGCAAUGAACGUAUGAAUGAAUGUGUAUUUUUGGUAUAAUCAUUUAUAUUCCUUUGGGUAUAAUGGGAUUGCUGGGUUGAAUGGUAUUUCUAAGUUCUUUGAGAAAUCUUCAAACUGCUUUUUAUAGUGACUGAACUAUUUUACAUUCUCAUCAGCAAUGUAUAAGCAUUCCCUUUUCUCCUCAACCUCACCAACGUCUGUUAUUUUUUGACUUUUUAAUGACAACCGUUCUGAAUGAUGUGAGACGUUAUCUCAUUGUGGUUUUCAUUUGCAUUUCUCUAACGAUUGGUAAUGUUGAACAGCUUUUUAUAUACUUGUUUCCCAUGUGUAUUUCUUUUUUUGAGAAAUGUCUGUUCAUAUUAUUUGCCCAUUUUUUUUAAAAAUGGAGUUGUGUUUUGCUUGCUGAUUUAAGUUCCUUAUAGAUUCUGGAUAUUAGACCUUUGUGAGAUGCAUAUGCCAAAUAUUUUCUCCCAUUCUGUAGAUUGUCUGUUUACUCCGUUGACAGUUUCUCUUACUGUGCAGAAGCUUUUCAGUUUAAUUAGGUCCCACCUGUCUAUUUUUUUUUUUUGUUGCAAUGGCUUUUGGAGACUUUAUCAUGAAAUCCUUGGCAAGGCCUAUGUCCAGAAUGGUAGUUCCUUGAUUUUCUUUUACAGCCAUUAAAGUUUUAGGUCUUACAUUUAAGUCUUCAAUUCAUCUUGAGUUGAUUUUUGUAUACGGUGAAAGGAAGGGGUCCAGUCUCAAUCUUCUGCAUAUAGCUAGCUAGUUUAUCCCAGCACCAUUUAUUGAACAGGGUAUCUUUUCCCCAUUGCUUGUUUUUAUUGCUUACUUAUCCGAUCUGAUGUUUUUAAGUGUGCAGCUUUAUUCCUGGAUUCUCUAAUUUGUUCCAUUGGUCCAUAUGUCUGUUUUUGUACCAGUAUCAUGCUGUUUGGGUUACUGUGGCCUUGUAGUAUAGUUUGAAGUCAGGUAAUGUGAUGUGUCUAGCUUUGUCCUUUUGCUUAGGAUUACUUUGGUAAUUUGGGCUCUUUUUUGGUUCCAUAUGGAUUUUAGAAUAGUUUUUUCCAAUUCUGUGGAAAAUGACUUUGGUAGUUUGAUAGGAAUAGCAUUGAAUAUUUAAAUUCCUUGUGCAAUAUGACCGUUUUAACAAUAUUGAUUCUUCCUAUCUAUGAGCAUGGAACACUUUCUCCAUUUGUUUGUGUCAUAUCUGAUUUCUUUCCUUGGUGUUUUGUAAUUCUUAUUUUAAAUAUAUUUUACCUCCCUGGUUAGCUGUGUUCCUAGGUAUUUUAUGUGUGUGGCUGUUGUGAAUGGGAGUGCAUUCUUGAUUUGGCUCUCAGCUUGGGUGUUGUUGGUGUAUAGAAAUACCACUGAUUUUUACACAUUGAUUUUGUAUUCUGAAACUUUACUGAAGUUAUUUAUCAGUUUUAGGAGAUUUGGGACAGACAGUAGGGUUUUCUAGGUAUAGAAUCAUAUCGUUUGUGAAGAGAGGUAGUUUGAUUUAUUCUCUUCCUAUUUGGAUGCCUUUUAUUUCUUUCUCUUGCCUGAUUACUCUGGCUUGGACUUCUAGUACUAGGUUGAAUUGGAGUAUGAGAGUUGGGCAUUCUUGUCUUCUUUUGGUUUUCAAGGGGAAGGGUUCCGAUUUUUGCCCAUUCAGCAUGAUGUCAGUUAUGAGUUUAUUGUAGAUGGCUCUCAUUAUUUUGAGGUAUGUUCCUCCUAUGCCUAGUUUGUUGAGGGUUUUUAACAUGAAGGAAUGUGGAAUUUUAUCGAAGGCCUUUUCUGCAUCUAUUGAGAUGAUCAUGUAUUUUUUGUUUUUAGUUUAGUUUAUGAGAUGAAUCACAUUGAUUGAUUUGUUUAUAUUGAACCAAUCUUGUAUCCAAGGUAAAUAAAGUAAACAAAGUAAGUUUUAUUUACUCUAAAGUAGACUUUAUUCCUGGGAUAGAAAGUAUGGUGGAUUAGCUUUUUGGUAUAUGGCUGAAAUCAAUUUGCUAGUAUUUUGUUGAGAAUUGUUGCAUGUAUGUUAUUCAGCAAUAUUGGCUUGAAGUUUUCUUUUUUCAUUGUCUCUGCCAGAUUUUGGUAUCAGAGUGAUGCUGUCCUCAUAGAAUGAGUUAGGGAGGAGUCCUUCCUCCUUGACUUUUUUGAAUAAUUUCAGUACCAAUAAUUUCAAGAUUGGUACCAGCUCGUCUUUAUGUAUCUGGUAGAAUUCAACUGUGCAUCCUUCUAUUCCAGGGCUUUUUUGGUUGUUAGAUUAUAAUAUAAUAACGAGUUUUGAUUCCAUUUCAGAACUCAUUAUUGGUCUGUUCAGGAUUUCAGUUUCUUCCUGGUAAAAUCUUCGAAAGCUGCAUGUUUCCAGGAACUUAUUCAUUUAUUCUAGGUUUCCAAGUUUGUGUGCAUACAUGUGUUCAUAAUACUCUCUGAGGGUUUUUUAAAUUAUUUCUGUGGGAUUGGUUGUAAUAUCCCCUUUGUCAUUUCUGAUUGUGUUUAUUUGGAUCUUUUCUCUUUUUUUUUCUUUAUUAAUCUAUCUAGCUGGUGGUCUAUGAAUCUUAGUUAUUCUCUCAAAAAACAAAGUUUUGGUUUUCUUAAUCUUUUGUAUGGAUUUUUGCAUCUCGAUUUUUGCAUCUCAGUUUUGGUUCAACUCCAGUUUUGGUCAUUUAUUUUCUUCUGUUAGCUUUGGGGUUGGUUUGUGCUUGGUUUUCUAGUUCCCAUAGGUGAUAUUAGAUUGUUAAUUUGAGAUCUUUCUAACUUCUUGUUGUAGGCAUUUGGCGCUGUAAACUUUCCUCUUACCACUGAUUUAGCUGUGUCUCAGAGAUUCUGGUAUAUUGUAUCUUUGUUUUCAUUCAUUUCCAAGUAUUUGUUUUUAUUUCUGCCUUAAUUUCAUUCUUUAAAGUCAUUCAGGAGCAGAGCAUUUAAUUUCUAUCUAAUUUUAUGGUUUUGAGAGAUGUUCUUGGUAUUAAUUUCUAUUUUUAUUGCACUGUGGUCUGAGAGUGUGGUUGGUAUGGUUUUGGUUUUUUGAAUUUGUUGAGUAUUGCUUUUAUGACCCAGCAUGUGGUCAAUCUUAGAGUAUGUGGCAUGUGCAUAUGAGGAUAAUGUAUAUUCUGUUGUUGGGUAGAGUAUUCUGUAGAUGUCUGUUUGGUCCAUUGGUCAAGUGUUGAAUUUAGGUUCUGAAUAUAUUUGUUAGAUUUUCUGCUUUGAUGACUUGUCUGACACUGUCAGUGUGUUGUUAAAGUCUCCCACUAUUAUUGUGUGGUAUGUAAGUAUCAAUAUAAGCCUCUAAGAAUUUUUUUUAUGAAUCUGGGUGCUUCAGCAUUAGAUUCAUGCAUAUUUAGGAAAGUUAAGUCUUCUUGUUGAAUUUAACCCUUUAUCAUUAUGUAACACCCUUCUUUGUCCUUUUUGAGCAUUGUUGGUUUAAAGUCUCUUCUGUUUGAAGUAAGAAUAACAACCCCUACUCUUUUUUUAUUUUCUGUUUGCUUGAUAGAUCUUUCUCUAUCCCCUUACCUUGAGUCUUUGGGUGUCAUUGCACGUGAAAUAGGCCUCUUGAAGACAGAAUACAGUUGGGUCUUGUUUCUUUAUCCAGCUUGCCACUCUGUGCCUUUUAAAUGAGGUUCUUAGCCUGUUUAUAUUCAAGGUUAAUAUCAGUAUGUGAAGAUUUGAUCUUGUCACCGUGUUGUUCACUGGUUCUUAAGUAGACUUGAUUGUGUAGUUGCUUUAUAGUGUCAGUGGGCUAUGUACUUAAGUGUGUUUUUGUGGCGGCAGAUAACGAUCUUUGAUUUCUGUUUGGUAGUCCCUUAAGGACCUCUUGUAAGGCAGGUCUAGUGGUAAUGAAUUCUGUUCACAUUUUCUUGUCUGAAAAGGAUUUUAUUUCUCCUUUGCUUAUGAAUCUUAGUUUUGUUGGCUAUGAAGUCCUUGGUUAGAAUUUCUCUGCUUUAAGGAUGCUAAAUAUACACCCCCAAUCUCUCAUGGCAUGUAAGGUUUCUGCUGAAAGUUUCAUUGUUAGCCUGAUGGCAAUUCCUUUAUACAUGAUCUGCCCCUUCUCCAUUGCUGGCUCUAAGAUUUUUUCUUUUGCAUUGACUUUGGAGAAUCUUAUGAGCAUGUCAACCUCUCUAGUGAAGUUGAGGAAAUUUUUGUGGACAAUAUCCUGAAAUAUGUUUUCCAAGUUGCUUGUUCUCUCUCCAUCUUUUUCAGGAAUGCCAAUAAGUUGUAGGUUUGGUUUCUUAACAUAAUCCCAUAUUUCUAAAAUACUUUGUUCAUUUUUAUAAAUUAUUUUUUCUUUAUUGUUGUCUGCCUGCAUUGAUUUGAAGGAGCUGUCUUCAAGCCCUGAGAUUCUUUCCUCAACUUGGUUUACUCUGUUAUCAGUGCUUCCAGUUGCAUUCUGAAAUUCCUGUGGCGAAUUUCUCAUUUCCAGAAAUUCAGUUUGGUUCUUUGUUAAAAUGGCUAUCACAUCUUUCAACUCUUGGACCAUUUCACUGUUUUCCUUGGAUUGGGUUUCAACCUUCUCCUAUAUCUUGAUGAGCUUCCUUGCCAUCCAGAUUCUGAAUUCUAUAUCUGUCAUUUCAGAUAUUUCAGGCUGGUUGAGAACUAUAGCUGGGGAGCUAAUGUGGUAGUUUGGAGGUUAAAAAAUGCUCUGGCUUUCAGAGUUGCCAGAAUUCUUGCACUGGUUCCUUCUCAUCUGUGUGAGCUGAUGUUCUUUUAAUCUUUUGGAUGGGACUUUUUGCUUCUUAUAUUCUUUGAUACCUGAUAUGGUUUGGAUCUACAUCCCCACCCAAAUCUCAUAUUGAAUUGGAAUCCUUCGUUUUGGAGGCAGGUCCUGGUGGGAGGUGAUUGGAUAAUGGAGAUGUUUUCCACGAAUGAUUUAGUACCAUCCCUCUUGGCUCUGUCCUCAUAAUACUGACUGAGUUGUUGUGAGAUCUGGUUGUUUAAAAGUGUGUAGCACAUCCCCCAUCUCUUUCUUGCUCCUGUUCCUGCCACGUAAGAAGCUUGCUCCCCCUUUGCCUUCCAUCAUGAUUGGAAGCUUCCUGAAGUUCGGCCAUAUCCACCCCAUCAGAAUCAGAAGCCACUAUGUUUCCUGAACAGCCAGCUGAACCAUGAGCCAAUUAAACCUUUUUUCUUCAUAAAUUACAGUCUCAGGUAUUUCUUUAUAUCAAUGUGAGAAUGGACUAAUACAAUGCCCUUGAGGAUUUGGCUGUGGUAUAAGUUGGAUUUAGUUGACUGGCUUCAUAUCUGGAUGUUUUCAGAGGCCCAAGGCUCAGCUCAUCACUCCUGGACUGGGUGUUCUAACCCAGGAGGGCUGGGAGCAGGCCCACAGCUUUGUUCUGGGGCCCCUUGAGAUUAAAGCACAGGCUGUGCUGGAGCAUUUGAGGUGUUUCCAGUCUGUUGGCAACAACACUUGACUGGAGCUUCUGGCAAAAGUGCUCUGGCAGGGCAGUGGUGGGCCCCUGUGUGCAUGUAUUCCAGUGAGGUGGGGACAGGGGGAUGCUAUGAGUGAGUGCACAUCAAUGUGGGAAGGCUGCACGUGGGUGCACACUGGCAAGAUGCAAAAGUGCUCCAAUGGGUAUGCAGCAUCUGCCAGUGAAACAACUAUCGUGGUGGCCAUUGACAAGCACUUUGGCUGGGCAAUUGAGGCUGGGCUGCAUGUGGUUGCAGCCAGGCAGGGACCCUGAGAGAGGCCAGCAGACUGGGGUGUGCUCAAAUCAGACUGCAUGGACAAGACAACCCCACUCUCUCCAGGUCCAGCAGCUAACAAAGGCUAAAGUCACCUAAAGGAGUAUGGUGAGCCUUGUGGGAUGAGUGUCCAUGGCCAUGCUCCACUAUAGACAUUACCAUGUCAAACCCUCUGGGCUCUUUCCAGGCUGGAAUUCUGUUUCCACCAACUCUCCAGGCAAUUAUCACUAGCAGCUCAAAUGUCAUGGGAGUUGUGGGAUCUUCCAUAGCUAGGAUCUCAGAAGCCCAUGGUGAAGGUGAGCCACUCCAUGCCUAUUUCACUUACCCUUUCUUUAGGAGGCUCUUGGGCCCAGAAAUGAGUCCUGGUGCUCGGCAACCCCCUGCAGUGUUCCCAACUUUCUCUACUUUCGGCCUAUGAUCUUUGUCCUUUUUGUGUCCACUCUCCAUGCCUUCUUUCCAAAGACUUGUUCAGAGUAUGCUGGUCUCCUUGAUAGUCUAGUCUCUUUCAGUGGGAGAAUUUCCUCCUGGCUGUAUCUAGUUGGCCAUCUUGGCUCCCUAAAAAAAUUAACAGUGAUUUUUGAUACUUAGACCAAAGUGAUUCUAAAACAAACUGUGUUUAUUUCUGAGCAAAAAUUUCAGGAUGACACCCUUUUCCUUUAUUUACAAAAUAGAUCUCCAGCCCCCAUCCUGUGCACAGAAUACCUGGGCAGGAUAUGUAUCUAUGGAGAGAAAGAAAGGCCACUUAGGGUUGGAUAUCCCUUUUUUCUCCCAUGGACUUUCUCAUCUCAUCUUAACUGAAUGACUGCUCUUUAAUAAGUUAGGUAUCUCUAAUGUUCAAAAGAAAUUUCAUUCCUAAGAAAAGGGGACUAGAAUUAAAACUGCUGUUUUACAAUAUUGUCCAUAGGUUAUUAUCUCCUCAUCACCUAAUUCCUUCUCCUCGCUUUCUAAUAGUUUUAAUUUUCACUUGGAUAUCCAUGGGGAUUCUGAAGCACUGAUUCCACUCCCAGCUCUGUAGAGAUGGAACACUUCCCUAAGACAAUCAGCACAUGAUGUCCCUGCCCCCUCUCUCCUUUACGAUAGUGACUAGUUUAGGUAUUGGCAGAUGUUUUAAGCAGGAAAAUUAACUACUAGGGUUUCUAUUGAGACCUCUGGGUCAAAAAUAAUCAUUCCUUCCAGGAUCUUCAUAAAGACACAUUUGACCCCAGAAACUGGUGCAGCUAUUUUGAGACUAGAAAAGCAGACAAUAUUAUGCUGAAGCUGAUAACAUAAAACAGAGCAGUAGAAGGAAACUGACUCCAUGGCAACAUCACUGAGCUGCUGGAAUGAUCUCUUCCUGAAGCCAGCAUGAGCCACAGGUUUUUCAUAUACAUAAAGCAAUGCAUUUCCUUCAGUAUAGAAAUCAGUCUGAUGUGUGUUUUCUGUUCCUUGCAACCAAAAGUAUCCUCAGUAAUAUAAUUCCCUUAAAAGCAAGAGUUUUCUUUCAAGAAUUAUUGAACUCCAUGAAAUCUUGUAUUAGCACUUCCUAAUCAUAUAAGUUAAUUGCUUUCUAAAUAACCUGUGCUUUUUUAAAGGGCUUAGCUUCAUUUACUUUGGUUAUAUCAGUUAAGACUGUCAAAUGCCUGUCUCAGACACUGAUGACACCCACUGCUAUAGAAUUAUGGCCCUGUUCUCCAGGUGCCGUAGAUGUUCUAUACACUCCUGAGCCCAGGACUCUGGCUCUGAUGUUGCUCUGAUCACCUAUGUGCUGAAUACUGGGACCACCACUGCCACAAAAAUGCCUGUGCCCUGGAACCAGUGCUACUGUGGUUACCAGCAUGCCCUUGUGACAGACCCAGCACCAAGAGGAUCCCUUUGGCUAGGACUCCCCACAGUGUCCUAGGAGGCCCCAGGAAAAAGAAUAGCAGGAGGACCACAGCAAUCUUUGACACUAAGGCCCUCUAAAACUUUCAUCACUACUGCUGCCUUCAAAUACAUCUACAACCUUGGCCACUGAGGAUCCCCACAGUCCUGUCAAAUAUUGAUUACAGCUGAUGGAACUGCACAGACUAUGCCACCACAUCCUGUUCACUUAGCAUAGCAGUCACCCACAAAUGAAAGCAUUUCCCCACAAAUCCAGCCCAUCAGUCUUGAAGAGAUGACUGCUCCCUCAAAUGCACAGAUAUCAUUGCAAGGUCAUAAACACAUACACAAAGGAAAAAUGACAUCACCAAAGGACCACUAUAAUUUUCCAAUGCAAAACCCUAAAGAAUUAGAGAUCUGUAAGCUUCCUAAAAAGGAAUUAAAAAUAAUUAUUUUAGAGAAGCUCAGCAAGAUACAAGAGAACUCAAUAAUAUCAAUCAUAACAACAAUAUAUGAAUAAAACUGGAAGUGAAGCAAAGAGAUGGAAAGAUCAAAAGAAAGCAAACAUAAAUCCUGGAGCUGAAAAAUACAGUGAAUCAACUGAAAAAAUGCAAUAGGGAACUUCAACAGCAGACUCAACCAAACAGAAGAAAGAAUCUCUGAGAUUGAAGAUAGGUCUUUUGAAAUUAUCCAGACUAAGGAGAAAAAAAUUGAAAAGAGUAAAGUAAACCUAUGGGACUUAAGGGACAUUAAUAAUGAAACCAAUGUAUGCAUCAUAAAAGUCUCAGAAGGAGGAUUGAGAAAGGGGAAGAAACCUUAUUUAAAUAAAUUAUGGCUCAAAUUUUCCCAAACCCUGAGAGAGAUAUGGACAUUUACACCUGUGAAACUCAAAUGUCUCCAAACAUGUUCAACCCAAAGAGAACUUCACCAUGACACCUUAUAAUCAAAUUGCCAAAAGUCAAAGACAAAGAAAUUUAAAAGCAGCAAGAGAAAAGUGACUUGUCACAUACAAGAGAACCUUUAUAAAACUAUAUUGGAUUUUUCAGGAGAAACUUCACAGGACAGAAAAGAAUGGGAUGAUAUAUUCAAACUACUGAAAGAAAAAACAUUCUGAAAACCAAUGAUAUCAUAUCUGGCAAAGCUGUCCUUCAAAAAUGAAGGUGAGUUAAAGAUAUUUCCAGACAAACAAAGCUGAAGGAGUUCAUCACUACUAUACCUGCCUUAUAAGAAAUGCUAAAGGUACUUCUUCAAGCUUAAAUGAAAGGACACAAAUUAAUAACAUAAAAAUGCAUGAAAGUAUAAAACCCACUGGUCAUGGUAAAUAUAUAGUCAAAAUCAGAAUAUUAUACUCCAAUAAUGGUGUUAUAUAAAUAUGUUUUAACUCCAGAAAAAAAGAUUAAACACAAAAGUAUGAAAAAUAACUAUAGCUACAAUAUUUUGUUAAGAGAUAGAUAAUAUAAAAAGCAGUAAAUUGUGACAUCAAAAACAUAUAAUGCAUGUGGGGGUAGGAGAGAAGUAAAAUGUAGAGUUUCCAUAGGCAAAUGAAGUUAAAUUGAGUGCACCCUUGGAUAGGUAUGCAGUACAGUGUAGUACUGGUUUUAUUAGGUUAAAAUAUAUUGCUAUAAGUAUGUUUUCUGUAAGACUCAUAGUGACCACAAAGCUAAAAGCUAUAGUAGACACACAAGAGAUAAAGAGAAAUGAAUUAAAGUAUACCACUACAAAAACGAAUCAUAUCAGAAAGGAAGAUAGCAAGAGAGGAGCAAAGGAACUAAGGAACUACAAAACAGAAAAUUUUUACAAAAUGACAAUAGUGAGUUCUUACCUAUAAUUAAUUACUUUGCAUGUAAAUGGAUUGAAUUAUGUAGUCAAAAGUCACAUAAUAACUGAAUUGGUAAAAAAAAAAAGCAAACAAAAACAAUACCCGCUAUAUAUUGCCUAUAAAAUGCUCCCUUGAGGACACAUAUAGGCUGAAAGUGAAGGGGAUGGAAAAAGAUAUUCCAUGUAAAUGUAAACCAAAAGACAGCAGGGUUAGCUCUGAUUAGACAAACUAGACGUUAAUUCAGAAACUGUAAAAUAAGACAAAGAAGGUCAUUAUAUAAUGAUAAAGGGAUAAAUUCAUCAAGAGGGUAAAACAAUUGUAAAUAUAUGUGUACCCAACAUCAGAGCACCUGAAUAUACAAAGCAAAUAUUAACAUAACUGAAGGGAUAAAUAAAUAUCAAUGCAAUAAUAGUAAGGGACUUAAAUACCCCACUUUCAACAAUAGAGAGAUCAUCCAAGCAGAAAAUCAAUAAGGAAACAUUGGACUUGAACUACAUUUUAGACCAAAUGGACCUAACAGACAUAUACAGAACAUUUCAUCCAACAGCAGCAGCAUAUACAUUCUUCUCAAGCACCUAUGUCUAGUGCUAUGACAUUCUCCAAGAUAGGUCAUAUAGUAGACCAUAAAAAAUUUAAGAAAGUUGAAGGCAUAUCAAGUGCCCUUUCUUACCACAGUGUUAUGAAACUAGAAAUCAAUAACAGGAGGAAAACUGGAACAUUCACAAAUAUAUGGAAAUUAAACAACAUACUACUGAAUAACAAUGGGCCAAAGAAGACAUAAUACUUUGUUUACAUUUUGAGACAAGUAAAAAUGGAAACAUAUCUGAUAUGGUAUGGAGGUGUGUCCUCUCAAAAUCUCAUGUUGAAAUGUGAUCUUCAGUAUUGGAGGUGGCCCUAUUGGGAGGUGUUUUGAUAGUGAGGGGAAAUCCCCCAUGAAUGGCUUGGGGCCUUUCUGUGGCAAUGAACUACUGCAAUAUCUGAUUGUUAAAAAGAGUUUGGAACCUCUCCCAUUUCUCUCUUGCAUUCUCUCUCCCUGUGUUGCAUGCUAGCUCCCCUUCACCUUCUUCCAUGACUGUAAGCCUCCUGAGGCCCUCACCAGAAGCAGAUACUGGCACUAUGCUUCAUGUACAGCCUGCAGAACCAUGAGCCAAAUAAGCCUCUUUUCUUUAUAAAUUCCCUAGUCUCAAGUAUUCCUUCAUAGCAACACAAAUGAACGAACACAACAACAUACCAAAGCUUACAGAAUGCAUCAAACACAGUUCUAAGAGGGAAGUAUAUAGUGAUAAACACCUACAUUAAGAAUAAAGAAAGACCUCAAAUAAACAAUGUAAAUUUACACCUCAAGGAACUAGAUGAAGAAGAACAAAUGAAGCACAAAGUUGGCAGACAUAUGGAAAUAAACCUCAAAGCAGAAAUAAAUGAAAUAGAGACUAGAAAAACAAUUUAAAAAGUCAACAAAAAGGUUUUUCAGUUAAAAAAUUAAGUCUUGAAAAAUGAUAUAUCUUCUGGUAGACUGAUGAAAAGAGACAGAAGACAAAUAAAUCAGAAGUGAAAGAGGACAACAGAUAACACAUAGGAUCAUAAGAGAUUACUAUGUGCAUUUAAAUAAAACCAGUUAGAUAACCUAGAAAAACUAGAUUAAUUUCCAGAAACAUAAAACCUACCAAGACUGAAUUAUAAAGAAAUAGAAAAUCUUAACAGACCAACAACAAGUAAGGAGAUUGAAUCACAAAUUAAAAGUCUCCUAUCAAAGAAAAGCCCAUGAACUGUUUCCCUUCUGAAUUUUACUGAACAUUUAAAGAAUUAGUACAAAUUCUUUUCCAACUCUUAGAAAAAAUUGAAGAGAGAACACUUCCAAACCCAUUUUACAAAGCAUUACCCUGACACAAAAGUCAGACAAGGAAACUACAAGAAAAGAAAACUACAGGUCCAUAUUCCUGAUGAACAUAAAUGCAAAGCUUCUACAAAAAAAAAAUACUAGCACCUGUAUUCAACAGCAAAUUAAAAGGAUCAUACACCAUGAUCAAGUAGUAUUUAUCCCUUGGAUGCAAGGGUGGUCCAACCUAUGCAAAUGAAGAAUGUCAUAUACCACAUUAACAAAAUGAAAAGCAAAAAUUAUAUGAUUAUAUCAAUGGAUGCAGAAAGAGCAUUUGACAAAAUUUAUCAUCUUUUCAUGAUAAAAAACUGUCAACAAAUCGAGUAUAGAAGGAAAGUACUUCAACAUAAUAAAGGCCAUAUAUGACAAGCCCACAGCUAACAUCAUACUCAAUGGUUAAAGAUUAGAAACUUUUCUCUAUGACCAGGAACAAGACAAGGAUGCCACUUCUGCUACUUGUAUUUGACAUAGUACUGGAAGUUGUAGCCAGAGCAAUUAGGCAAAAAAAGAAAUAAAAGAAAUCCAAAUUGGAAAGGAAGAAGUAAAAUUAUGACUGUUCACAGAUGAUAUGAUCUUAUAUGUACAAUCCACUGCCCCCAAAACACUGUUAGAACUAAUAAAUAACUCAACAAAGUAGCAGGAUACAGUAUGAACACACAAAAAAUCCAUUGCAUUUUUAUAUACUAACUGAACAAUCUGACAAGGAAACUAUGAAAGCAAUCCCAUUUAUAAUAGCAUAAAAAUGAGUAAAACAAUUAGGAAUUAGCUAAACCAAGAAGGUGAAAGACUUAUACACUGAAAACUACAAAACAUUGCUGAUAGAAAUUAAAGACAUAGGUAAAUAGAUACAUAUCCCAUGUUUCUGGAUUGGAAGACUAAUAAUGUUAAAGAUGCCAGUGCUACCCAAAGAAGUCUACAGAUUCAAUGUAAUCGCAAUGAUGUUACUUAUUUUUUUUUGGCAGAAAUAGAAAAGCCUAUUCUGAAAUUUAUAUAAAAUUUCAAGGACCCCAAGUAGCCAAAACAAUCUUGAAAGAGAAGAACAAAAUGGAGGACUCUCAUUUUCUGAUUGCAAAACUUACUACAAAGCUGCAGUAAUUAAAACAGUGUGCUAUUGACAUAAAGAUAGACAUGUAGACCAAUACAAUAGAAUAGAGAGCCCAGAAAUAAACCCUGGAAUAUGUGGUCAAAUGAUUUUUGACAAAGAUGCUAAGGCCAUUCAAUGGGAAAGGGGCAGUCUUUUCAAUGAACGGUGCUGGGAAAACUAAAUAUUUACAUGCAAAAGAAUGAAGUUGGACUCUUAUAACCUAAUACCAUACAUCAAAAUUAACUCAAAAUAAAAUAAAUACUUAAAACUAUAAAAAUCUUAGAAGAAAAACAGAGCACAAGCUUUAUGACAUUGGAUUUGGCAUUAAUUUUUGGAUAUGACACCAAAGGCACAAACAACACAUGAAAAAUAGACAAAAUUGGACUUUAUGAAAAUUUAAAAAUUUUGUGCAUCAAAAGACAGUAUCAACAAAACAAAAAGGCAACACACAGAAUGGGAUAAAAUAUUUGCAAAUUACAUAUCUGAUAAGGGUAUUAGUUUCCAUUAUGCAUAGAGAACUUCUAAAACUCAACAACAAAAUAACCCAAUUCAGAAAUGAGCAAAGAACUUAAAUAGACAUUUCUCCAGAGAACAUACACAAAUGGACAGUAAGCACAUGAAAAGAUGCUCAACAUCACUAAUCAUUAGGGAAAUGCAAAUCAAAACUCCAUUGAAAUACCACCUUAUACCCGUGAAAGUUGAUUAUACAAAAUGAAGUCAUUUAUGUCAUACCCAACUAAAAUGAGUCAAGAAGCCAUGAGAAAAACGCUAAGGUUACAUACACCUGUUUUUUUUUUUUUUUUUUUUUUUUAAUGUCUUAUAAGCUCAAUCCAGAUCUGCAUGGACCUAACCAUAAUUUCAAGACUACAAGUCCCACCUGGCAACUGCUGAAACUCACCUAUCAGAGCUCACUGGCUCUUGUAAGAUGCUGCCAGCACCAGUGAACUUUCUCUGAAAACAAUUUGCAUAACCUUCCCUUGCCCCAGUAAACCUUAACCAUUUCUUUGUUCUGUGAGCAUAACAGAGGCCACCCUAGUCUGUGUGUGUGCCCUGAAUUGCAAUUCUAUUCCUUAUAUAUUCCAAACAAAACCUCUUGCUUAGAGAUUCAUCUCUAUAUAUUUUUGAGUUGGCAUAUCCAUUAGAAUGACUACUGUAAACAAAGAAAAUAACAAGUGUUGGUGAGGAUGUGGAGAAAUUGGAACCUUUGUGCAUUAUUGGUGGGAAUGUAAAAUGGAACAGCUGCUAUGGAAAACGGUAUGGCAGUUCUUCAAGCAUUUAAAAAAAAUUGCCAUAUGAUCCAGCAAUUCCACUUCUGGAUAUAUAUCCGAAGGAAACAAAAUCAGUAUCUCAAAAGAAAUAUUUGCCCUCCUAGGCUCAUUGCAGCAUUAAUCACAAUAGCCAAAAUAUUAAAACAACCCAAGUGUUGAUUGAUA